CACUCUUGCCCGUCUCUAAAGAUGACGAGAUGCGCAGCUACUUCGCACUGGCUUCCCGAUCCAUAUAGUCUACGUUUGCGCCAGACCAGUGACAACUUUCUUAGCCAUCUUUGGGAUCGUCGCCUCAAGUCGUCUGAAGCAUCUAUUGAAGCUGGGUCGUAAUAUGGUGUACCGUGGCAAGCCCUCCAGAGGUUGCGCCAAUUGUCGGAAGAGGAAGAUCAGAUGCGACCAAACCGUUCCAAAAUGCGGCCAAUGCGUGGCUUGGAAAAGACCAUGCCCUGGCUACCGAAGUCAGGUGGAUUUGAUGUUUGUGGACCAGAGUAAUCAAGUCGCCGAAAAAGUGCGGAGGGAGAGCCCUCCAAAUGCAACGCCCUCCCCCUUGGCUCCGGUGGUAUCGGGCCAAUCUGGUAACCUGCUGGGAUUUUCAAAAAGGCCUCAACCUCUCUCUCAGCCAUUGGAUCAGCUGGCGGUCAACUUCUUCAUGGCCAAUUAUGUUGGGCGCCAGGCGAACCAAUACCAGUUUGACUACCUUCCGGACUUCUGUCAGCAGCCAGGAAUCGAUCGACACUUCCACUUAAGCAUAUUCGCAGUUGGCUUGGCCGGAUAUGCCACCGUCAAUAAUGUCCCAGAGCUAGUCCACACAGCUCGCGCCAAGUAUUCUUCCGCUAUUCGAGAGGUCAAUUUGGCCUUAGCAUCCGAGGACACUGCAAAGAAGGACUCGACCCUCAUUUCAGUCAUGUUAUUGGGCCUGUUUGAGGUGAUCAUGUCGCCAAGUCAACAAGCGCUGGAGACCUUAGUCACCCACUUGAACGGUGCCAUCGAACUAGCCAAGCUACGUUCCAGGGAGCAGUUCAAGACAGAUCUCGGGGCACGGUUGUUCAACAGCCUCAGCCUGAACAUAGUCAUAACGUCUUUAAUGCAAAGCAACCCAAUACCGGACGAUUUCAUCAGAUUGAGGCAGUACAUACCGGACCUUAACGAUCCCAAUAAGCCACAGCCGAGAUUCCUCGACCUCAUGAUUCGCUGGAUCAAUCUCAUGCGGAAGAUCGACUCUGGGUUAGUCGCCGCGCCCAGUGAUAUCCAGCAAUCGUGUAUUCAGCUAGACAAUGACAUGAAAUAUUUUGCUGCGACCAUGCCGCCGGCAUGGCAAUACCGCGUUGUAUACACAGAUGCUGAUCCUGAGCUAAUUUACCAAGGCUGCUAUUAUCUAUACCGCGGAACCUUUGUCGCACAGCUUUUGAACAAUCUCCGCUUGGCUCGAGUACGAUUGCACAAGCUUAUAUUGACUCAAGCAAUCCAAGCGCUCCAUGUUCCGACGUCAUUAUCCGCACAUCUAGUAGCCCAAGUCGAAACCUCCAAGACAAUCAUUUUGCAACUCGCUGCCGAGAUCUGCGCCACAGUCCCUCAACUGGCCGGUUAUGCCUCCACCGAUGGGCAGGACCUCUCUAUGGACCCCGAUCUUCCCUCCUCAAUCCCAAUAUCGCCGCAAACGAUUCUCAAACCCGCCAUCGGCAACAGUGAGGGGCACCGCGUUGGCCAUCACUUCCUCACUCUCUGGGCCGGCUAUGCCUCACUUAAAAACCGGGAGAAUCAACAGGGAACACCGGAAACUCCAAAAACGGCUGGUGGUUACCAACUCGUGUGGCCACUCUUCGUCAUUUCACAGAUAGUGAUCACGCCGCCGGCAAUGCGCGAGUGGGUCGUAAACCGCAUGCGAUAUAUUGCACAGACACUCAGUCCGGAUUACGUCAAAGUGCUGCAAAACCAUUUGGCGAGGCAUGGGGUUGGGGCCAAUUUGUCGUUCGGGCCUGGAAGUGAUCUGUCAACUGUCUUUGGGACGAGUAUGCAUGCAUAGGCAUCGGUGAAAAUGGGCGGGAGUGCUGUAUGUCAAUUCUCACAGAAAGGUAUCAUGUAUUGCGAGCUUGCUAUCGUCUCCUGAAUGACUCUCUUGGUCUUCGAAGAGAAGUUGUUGAAUACGUCGGAGGUUCUUGCCCGCUUUGCUUGUGCUUUCCUCCCCCGUUUUCUUCUACCUUCCAAGGCUCUGUCCGAAACUCAUCACCGUAAACGCCUCUCCUCUAUUGUCAUAUACAUUCUCUCGCUCAUAGCCGCAAUACCGUC